AUGGAGAAUGCAGGCUCUUUUUCUGCUAUGGCUCCACCAGUUUUUGAUGAAGAAACCUAUCAAGCCUGGGCAGUAAAAAUGAAAGUUUAUUUGGAGGCUAUUUCUGCCACCAUCUUCAGUAGAAUAAUGACAUGUAACUUAGCCAAAGCAAUUUGGGAUUUCCUCAAGAAAGAGUACGAAGGAGAUGAAAGAAUUAGAGGAAUGAAAGUACUGAACUUGGUUAGAGAAUUCGAGAUACAGCGUAUGAAGGAGUCAAAAACCAUUAAGGAUUAUUCUGAUAGGUUGCUUGGGAUUGCCAAUAAGGCACAAGAACAACGAAUAAUGAUGAGGCAUGAGGGAUCCAUUGAGGGAGCCUUGAAAGCCAAGUUGCAGUUCGGUUCAAGUGCCAAGGGAAACAAAGGAAAAGGAAAGAAAGGGAAUCAUGAAAACUACGAAGCAACAACAGCAACAAAUGAUGUUACUGCAACUAGCAACAACAGAGAAGGCAAAUAUCCUCCCUGCCAACAUUGUGGGAGGAAAAAUCAUCCACACUUCAAGUGUUGGAGAAAACCUGAUAUGAAAUGCAGAAAGUGUCACAAGCUCAGUUAUGCUGAGAUUAUCUGCAAAGAGAAGGGAUUACAACAACCAAAUGAUGCACAGAUUGCAGACCAACAAAAAGAUGAGCAACUAUUUGUGGCCACCUGUUUCACAAGCAUAAAUUCAAGUGAAAGUUGGCUUGUUGAUAGUGGUUGUACGAACCACAUGACCAGUGAUGAAAAGCUUUUCAGAGAACUUGAUAAAUCAGUUAAAUCAAGAGUCAGGAUCGGAAAUGGAGAAUACCUCCCAGCAAAAGGAAAGGGGACUGUAGCAAUUGAAAUUUACAAAGGGAAAAAGUUUUUCCUUGAAUUCAUUGAACGAGGAACACAUAGCUUUUCCAAGCCAGCUCACUGUAGCGGAAACGUGACACAAAAGGUUGGGUCACUUUCAUCACAAAGCUUUAUUGUUUAUGCAAAAGAGCAAAAUGGUAAAUGGUUUACCAAACUUGGAGGAGAACCCCUCAAGUUGUAA